AUUCAAGUGUCAAGCAUAUUUUUUUCUAUUAGACGCGUGAUACUGAUAUUGGGUAUCGAGGUGUUGGUUUCUGGCAGUGAAGUUGGGUACAAGAUAGGCAAUCCAACUAAUAUAGACAUUAAAUCAGAUGCUGAAUCCACAUCUACAUCCACAGCUGCAAGUUCUCCUUUUCCAACUAAUGGUGCAGCCAAAAGGAGUUCUUCAAAUCAUUAUGCCUCUUCUGAUAUAUCUACUACACCAAUCGCUGCAUUAAGUCCUUACCAAAACAGAUGGGUGAUCAAAGUUCGUGUGACUAAUAAGUCUCCAAUCAGAACAUGGAGCAACUCCCGUGGAGAAGGCAAGCUUUUUUCCAUGGAUCUGAUCGAUGAAAGCGGCGAAAUUCGAUGUACCGCAUUCAGAGAUCUAUGCGACAAGUUCUAUGACAUGAUAGAGCCUGGAAAUGUGUAUUAUAUCUCGCGGUGCACACUGAAGGCAGCGAACAAACAGUUUAAUAUGUUGAAAAACGAUUACGAGAUGACGAUGACCGGCGAUACAGAGAUCGUCCCUUGCCACGAAAACAGUGAUGACAUCCCGACGUUGCAGUUUAACUUCUGUCCCAUAAGUCAAGUAGAAAACAAAGAAAAAAAUGUCUUAAUAGAUGUCUUGGGCGUCGUUACAACUUUCAACGAUGUACAACAUAUUAUGCAACGAACUACCGGCCGAGAGCUCUUGAAGAGAGAUGUUAAUAUCGUUGAUGACAGCGGCACAAUGGUGUGCGUUACACUGUGGGGAAAGCAAGCCGAGGACUUUGAUGGUUCUAAUAAUCCGAUCUUAGCCAUUAAAGGAGCGCGUAUCGGCGAAUUUAAUGGUGGAAAAAAUUUAUCCCUUAUAAAUUCCUCCGUACUUGAAAAGGAUCCUGAUCUUCCUGAAGCACACAGAUUGCGCGGAUGGUACACUGCAGUCGGCCAUUCGGAGAACGCUAAAUCAUUGUCUAGAGCAGGUGGAAGUGGUGACUUCAACGCGCCGUUGUGCACUUUCCAGGAGGCGACCGAAGCUCGAUUGGGAGAAAAAAUGAAUCUCCCAGAUUCAUUUACAGUGGUGGCGAUCGUUAACAUGAUUCGCGUGGAAAAUGCCAUCUACAAGGCGUGUCCCGUAGAUGGUUGCAAGAAGAAGUUAAUCGAUCAAUCUACCGGAGUAUUUAGA